GAAAUUUAACAACUUCAAGUGAAAACUUAAUUCUCCUCUGACGGCGAAAAUUUCAGGUUUAUUUUAGAAUACAUUUCUACUAAUUUAAAAAAAGUUUUUAAUAGUAUUCUUAAUUGAAUAAAGCUAUAAUUAAUACCUCUACUUAAAUCAAUAAGGGAAUAGGAGUUUUUUAUUUACCUUGAAUGCUAAUCGCUUAGAAAUUUUUGCUGUCGACCGCUGUGUGUCGCUUGUCGAGAAAAGUCACUAUUUUAUUGUCGCGCCAUAUUCCCGGCGACCUCUGUGAGGAAAUCUCUUGAAAACUAAGGUAAACAAGAUCGCUAGUAGAAGAUGUCUGGAGCAAUGGAUGAUGAUAGCGAAGGCCAGGAUUUGGAAACUAUCAUACACUCGAUCAAUAAGGAAAUUGAAGAGGUAACGUUGUGCUUGACCGAUGAUAUGAAUGGUAAUGAGGAUGAGUCACAGGAGGAACAUGCACCAGUAGAAAUUAGCAUAGAAGAUGAAGAUAAACAAUACUAUUUGGACGAUAGAGGAAAUAUAUAUUUAACUUUAACAUCAUCAAAGACUGAUGAAGUCCCGACAAGUUCUAAAAGAAAAACAAAGUCUGUUUCAGAAAGUACAUCAAAGCGAAUGGCUAAAAGUAAUAAAGCGCCCAAGGCCAGCACCAAAUCAGAGUCCGGCGAAGAAAAUUUUAUGAUUUAUAUUAAUGACGACAAGAUCAAAUCCGAAGUUGAGCAAAGUGCCGAUGAUCCUGCAACUCUUGAUGAGAUGUAUGAAUUCGAUGAGUUGGAAGAGGAGACUGAAUCGCCAGCAAAAGGUGAAAAGAUAUCAUUACUAAAAGUAUUGCCUGUAAAAAGCAGUGAGCUGUCUGGAGCACAGAUAUAUAAAUGUGCACAUUGUAAUUAUGAAACAUGUAAGCGAUACAUGCUUUCGCGGCAUAUGAAGUCCCAUUCUGAUGACAGGCCUUUUGUUUGUUCUGUUUGCGAUCGGGCUUUCAAGACAAAUCACACUCUUCAAAACCAUAUUAACGUACAUCUUGGAAGAAAACCACAUCCCUGUUUGUCUUGUGACAGCCGCUUUACAACGCAAGGAGACUUAUCACGACACGUAAUGUAUAAACACACUCACACCAAACGUCAUAAGUGCACUGAAUGUGACUAUGCCACCGUUGAAAUGAGUAAGUUGCGUCGUCAUAUGCGCGCACACACAGGUGAACGGCCAUAUCAAUGCCCUCACUGCACUUACGCUUCGCCAGAUAGUUUUAAAUUAAAACGACAUUUGCGCACACACACUGGUGAAAAGCCAUACGAAUGCGAUAUCUGUCAAUCCCGGUUUACACAAUCGAACUCACUGAAGUCGCAUAAACUCAUACAUAGUGUGGAUGACAAGCCGGUCUUUCAAUGUGCAUUGUGUCCAACUACUUGUAGCCGAAAAUCGGAUUUGCGCACUCAUGUUCAAAAAUUGCACUAUUCCGAUAAGCCACUGCCGUGCAAGAGGUGUGGAAAAGAAUUACCGGAUCGCUACAGCUAUAAGAUGCAUGUGAAAACGCAUGAAGGAGAACGUUGCUAUAGUUGCAAUCAGUGUAACUACAAGUCGAUAUCUAUGCGAAAUCUGGAAAUGCACAAACAAAUUCACAGCGAAGAGAAACCGUUUGAGUGUGAGAAAUGUGGUCACCGUUUCCGCCAGAAGCAGUUACUUGGUCGUCAUAUAAAUCUUUAUCAUAAUGAAAACUAUGUACCACCACCUAAACUCCAAAAAUCUCAUAAUUGUCCAUAUUGCACACGAGUAUUUGCUCAUAAGGGCAAUUUGGUGCGACAUAUGCGAUUGCACGAUGAUCAAGAGAGUGGAACACAUAGUCUCAGAAUUCCAAAGGUAGAAAAUGAGAAAUUAACUGAUUCCGAUGAAGAGCCUUAUGCUACAGACGACGAUACGAUGAAUGGUGAAAAUUUUGAAGAAUAUGAUGUUAUAGAAGAAGUGGAAGAAUUGGAAACAGAUUUGGCCAUAGAGGCUGAUGAGCCAACGACUAGUCAAUCGCCCAUACAGAAUAAUAGCAAAACGUUACAUAUUGAAAUGGCAAGAGAAAAUAAAAGAAACACUAAGCAUGUCAAAAUAGAAGAAGAAUUCAUAAGUGAUCUAGAUGACGACGAAUCCGGUGUUCCUGGGUAUAUGGUAGUUAAAGUAGAUGAUGACGGUGAUUGUGUUAUUUUAACAAAUGUUGAGAAUGGAAAGACUAAUGAAACAACAGCUGUUGAGGAAACCAGUUUGAACGUUGAAAAUAAUUUUGGGUUUAGUUUGGAAGAAUGUAAUGAUGAUGACAUGGAGGAGACAGUAUUCCUCAAUAUUGUGGAGGAGAAUUGAUUUUCAUUAAGAUUUUAAUUAAAUUUCCAAUUGCUCUAAAAAAUCUAUAUUAUAUGGUCAAGUAAAAAGUAAUCUAUUAUUUCAGCAAGACAUGAUUCAAGUGGUCUGUAUGACGCAUUCUAUAAUAUCGAUUGGAUUACGGUAAAUGGCGUUCGGCUGAUAAAGAUGAUUGUCCCAAUUUUUUGUCCAUAGCUAACUAACUAUUAUAAAUAAAGCCUUCUAUUGAAUGCAAAAAUAAUAGACUACUUAUUACUAGACCAAUAUAUACGUGCAUAUAUAUUGUAUACAUUAUAUAUUUAUUGCAUUAAAUUAAGUGCUGAAGAAAAUAUGGGCAUCUUGGCACAUAUUGACUACUCCAAAAUACCUAAAUAUGUAACCUGGUCUAAUUCGUAUACAUAUGAACAUAAUGAAUGUCUGAAUUCAAUGUAUGUACGUAAUGCAGUAGAAAAUACAUAGCUAAGAAUUAAUAAAUGUACAACUUUUACA